ACCAUCGAAACGGAAUACGCCAACAAACUCAGACGACUGGCAAAGACGUACCAACCCAGGAAAAAGGAUGAGGAGGAAAACCAAUUCAGUUAUUUCAAAGCGUUCAAGAUGGUGAUGAACGAGACGAACGAUCUGGCCGGACAAAGGGAGCUGGUAGCAGAGAACAUGCAAUCGAAUGUAUUGAAAGAGCUGAACGCCCUCAUCAAGAUCAAUCGGGAGGACCGUAAGAAGCAUCUUCUGGAGGGUGCGAAGCUGCAGCAGAACCUGCACAAUCAGGUCGACGUGAUGGGCAGAUCGAAGAAAGCGUACGAGAAGGCGUUCAAAGAGGCGGAGAAAGCGGUGGACAACUUCCAAAAGGCGGACGCCGAUUACAACCUGUCCAGGGCGGAGGUGGACAAACAGAGGGUGAACAUGACGAUGAAGUCGCAAAUUUGCGAGACGGCAAAGAACGACUACGCGGAUCAGCUGCAACGCACCAACGAGAUGCAACGACAGCACUACCGGUCCGGUCUGCCCGACGUAUUCCGGCAGCUGCAGGACCUCGACGAGAAGCGCAUCAAGAACAUAAAGAACUUCAUCAACAGUUCGGCGGAGAUCGAACGCAACGUCUUUCCCAUCAUCAACUCGUGCCUGGACGGCAUCGUCAGAGCGGGCAACAUGAUUAACGAAAAAGAAGACACGCUGCUGGUCAUCGAACGAUACAAGAGUGGUUUCUGUCCGCCCGAGGAUUUCCCCUUCGAGGAUCUUUCCAAGGGCGGAAGUGACAGCGGCGGAAGCACGCCGAUGAUUAACAGUAUACAGGCGGAGGCGAAACCGCGCUCCGGUGGUUUGACGAUGAAGGGCACGAUGUCAGGGAAAGGAUUGAAAAAGAGGACGGGCCUCUUUCACAUCUUCACCAGUAAAGGGAAGCUUACAGAAAUGUGUAUGGCAAUCAAGUACGCCGCCGUUGCCGAUGGUAAGGACGACUACAGCGAGCUGCCGCCCAACCAGAGGCUGAAGAAGCUGCGGGUGCGCGUCGAGGAAUUGCAGGCGAAGGUGAAGAGCGAAUCGGCGGCGCGCGACGGUCUGAUGAAGAUGAAGGGCGUUUACGAGGAUAACCCGGCGUUGGGCGACCCCAUGACCAUCGAAGGUCAGCUGAACGAGAGCAGCCACAAGUUGGAGAAGCUUCAGGCCGAGCAGAAGCGCUUCCUCGGGUAUCUGGAGGAAGCGCAGCGAUCGACGCAGCAGCUGAACAACUCGCAGACGAACUCGCCGAGAUCUGAGAACGGAUCCCGCAACAACCACCUGCACCAUCAUCAUCGACAUUCGGCGGGAAGCGCGGCCGAGGAGGAAUCUCUGAGCAGAUCGGCGAGCGACAGCAGCGUCACGAACCCCACGCUCAACCACAACAAGCAGCCGUCCGCGCCCGGAACCCCGCAGCUCAAUCACGGCCCGGAGAGCGGUCUCGGCACCUCGCACACGUCCCUGCCCGGCGCCGACUCUGACCAGGAUCACGAGCAGGACCCCCACGACCCCGACCACGAUCAGUACGACGGCACCGCCGGCAGCGAGUUCUACGACGACAUCUACAGCGUAGAAUACCAACCGCUCGGCGUCUGCAAGGCCAUCUAUCCCUUCGAAGCCACGAGCGAAGGAAGCAUACCAAUGGCGGAGAACGAGGAGCUGCAUCUCAUCGAGUCCGAUCAGGGAGACGGUUGGACGCGCGUCCGACGGAUGAACAGCGCCGAAGAAGGUUUCGUGCCCACCUCCUACAUCGGCAUCACCAUCUUCAACACCUAAACAAGUGCGACAACGAACGAACGAACGGAAGUGUGUGUGUGCACGCGCAAACCGGAACUGAAAAAAAUAAAUAAA